AUUGUACAGUGUUUCCGGCUCUUCUUGUAGACGCUCGUAAGUGUUCGGCAGGUUCCGGCGAGACUCGGCAACCGCAAGUCUCGUACACUCAACUCCGGUGGGUGCAGGGUCCCGGGCAAAGUCAUGGCGUCCCCAUCUCGGAGACUGCAGACUAAACCCGUCAUUACUUGUUUCAAGAGCGUGCUCCUGAUCUACACGUUCAUUUUCUGGAUUACUGGUGUUAUCCUUCUUGCCGUUGGCAUUUGGGGUAAGGUGAGCCUGGAGAAUUAUUUUUCCCUUUUAAAUGAGAAGGCCACCAAUAUCCCCUUUGUGCUCAUUGGCACGGGCACUGUCAUUAUUCUUUUGGGCACCUUCGGCUGUUUUGCUACUUGCCGAGCUUCUGCAUGGAUGCUGAAACUGUAUGCAAUGUUUCUGACUCUCAUUUUUUUGGUCGAACUGGUCGCUGCCAUCGUAGGAUUUGUUUUCAGACAUGAGAUUAAGAACAGCUUUAAGAACAAUUAUGAGAAAGCAUUGAAGCAAUACAACUCUACCGGAGAUUAUAGAAGUGAUGCAGUAGAUAAGAUUCAAAGUACGUUACAUUGCUGCGGUGUCACAAAUUAUAAGGAUUGGAAAGAUACAAAUUACUACUUAGAAAAAGGAUUUCCGAAGAGUUGUUGUAGAGUUGAAGACUGUUCUCCACAGAGAGAUGAAGCUAAAGUCAACAAUGAAGGAUGCUUCAUAAAGGUAAUGACCAUUACUGAGUCAGAAAUGGGAGUCGUCGCAGGAAUUUCAUUUGGAGUUGCUUGCUUCCAGCUGGUAGGAAUCUUUCUAGCCUACUGCCUCUCUCGUGCCAUCACAAAUAACCAGUAUGAGAUAGUGUAACCAACAUAUCUGCGAGCCUUGCUCCUCUCCAACUUUAAGGACACUUAGGUUACCCCCUGUGAACUACAAAAAUGCCUGAAUGGAACGCUGACGAAUACUACAUACCAGUAGAUUGAAAGACUACAUCAAGAGACCUAAUCAAUCGUCUAAAUCUGCCUUUUAGUGUCAUUUUUUGUUAGGUCAUUGAAACCCUCUAUUCCUCCGAAACACUGGAAGAGCUAGUAAAAUCUAAAUGAAAUACUGUGCUUCUUUUGACUUAUUUUUCUCAAUAUGGGGCCUUUGACAGGUGUUGUGAGAUGGCUGUUUUAAAUACUAAUGAGAUGGAACUUGAUCCCUCUGAAUUUGCUAUGGAUUAUAGUGUGCUAGAUGGUUGACCUGUCUGAAUUGUGACCCCUUCCCAGCCAAGGUUGUCUGAUUUGAUUGUAUACUUUAUUAGUCUCUGUUCCGAUGGGCAGAGUCUCAUGGCAUCCAUUGUCAGAGUUGCCAGGUGGUGGUAAUGGUUUAAACACCCAAGACUAAAAAACAUCACCACUGUUCUAUGAUACAUCGUGUUUCAGCACACAAUUAUUUCAGUCAUUUAUACUGUUUAUAUUUGCCCUGUUGUUUGAAAGGUUCUAAUUAUAACUUUAAUGGUGUCGGAAUUGUAUUUUCCUUAGGAAUUUAAUGGAACUUAUCUUCAUUAACUUUCACUGAUAUUUCUUUGCCUAUUGUUAACGAUCAUAGUUUUGGUUUGUGUCUUUGAUUAAUAAAAUACAUCUUUCCCA